AUGUACGGCUACAGCACUGCCCUUAUUACAGUUGUUUUCUACUCUGAUUAUGCGCUGUCUGCAUAUCACAACAAUCACUAUGGACAUCAGUACAAUGCAAAAAUGGCUGCCUAUCCAGUUAAAGCCUACCAGACUUAUUAUCCAUCAUCACCUUCACACCAUUACACCAAUCAACCAACACAUCAUUACUGCAACAUCCCGCCAGAUCUCUGGUGCGAUAGCCCCCAGUCAGCACAACAAUGCGGAGUGCAACGGCAAUGCGACGCGUUACGGUUUCACAAACGGCGACCGAUUAAGAUCACUUUGAUCUACGAGGCAUUAUGUCCAUAUUGCCAAAAAUUCAUCUCCAAUCAACUCGGUAGUCUGUACCAACAAUAUAGGGACCAAAUAGAAUUGGAAUUGGUGCCUUGGGGAAAUUCUCGGAUUUUGCGGGAUGGAUCAUUCUCUUGCAACCACGGAAAAAAAGAAUGUGAUGCAAAUCGGCUUCAAUCUUGUGUGAUUGACAUUUUCAAGUCCUCCGGCGCUUUGCCGUUUAUCGUCUGCUUCGAGCGGAUCAUCCAUCACAACAGCGUCGAACAGGCGAUGCAUGCCUGUUCCGCAUUUAUUCGUAGUCAGUAUCGUCAAAUUCGUCUUUGCUAUGACGGGGACCGAGGUACACAAUUACAACGAAUAGCCGCUCACAAAACGAUGACCACAAAACCGCACCCAAUUUUAGAGGUCCCGUAUCUUCUCAUCAACGACUAUACACCUUCAGUUGACAACAAUAAUCUCAACGUGAUGAUACUCCCACAGUUACUCAACAAAUGGUUAAAGUUAUACUCAUAA